UACUAACUUAGAAAACGUUAAUUCGAUGUCAUUCUCUUUCACAGUACUGCUGAGACACGCGAUAUUUGGUUUUCUGCUUUAACCAAGUACAUCAAGACUCAGAAAGAUGCAGAAGACCCUAAAGUUGUCACCUUAAAAGUUUAUAACCGAGAUAUGGAAUCAGCUGAUUCGUUCGGUGCAUCAAAGUCCUUCGCCAUUUCCAAUUUCGAUGAUACGUCGGCUGUUGUGAAGAUGUCGCUCGAACAAUUCGAGAUUCAGACUGAUGAUGCUAGUGAGUACCAUUUAUGGGUUUUAUCUGGCAAGGAAAAUUGUGCAUAUCCUUUACUUGGUCAUGAGUUCCCUUUUGCCAUCAAGAUGAACCACAUAAGAGAGGCGUCUACUUCAGAUGAGUAUGGCGGGAACAUUUUUGACUUUGAUCAACAGCUUCCGUCCAUGGAUCCCCUAUCACCUAGUACGCAGUGUCAGUUUAUUCUUACCAAAAGUAAAAAAACAUCCAAAGUGUCUUCAGUUGAAGGGCAACAGUCUUCACGGAAGUGGAAGAACCCGAUCAAAAAGUCCCCAAUCAUAAACUGGGCGAUGCAUAAAAAGACGACAGGUUCUAAAAAUCAAAAUUCUGACUCACAGUCACCGCCAGCAGGAAAGUUAUUCGAGUUGCCUUUAGACGUGUUGUGUACGGAAGAAGAACCUGUGCCAAAACCAAUACAGGACAUCCUAAGACACAUGUUUCGUUAUGGUCCUGGGGUCAAUGGUAUUUUUCGUAAGUCAGCAAGUGCCAAAAGGGCUAAGGAAAUUAAGCUUGACCUUGAUUCAGGAAAAGAAGUAUUAUUCGAAGAAGUAUCUGUUGUUAUUACGGCUUCUAUCUUAAAGGAAUUUCUUCGAAGACUUCCCGAUUCUAUACUGGAUAGCGAUGACUACGAGGAGUUAAUUGCAACCAAUAACAUAGAAGAUCGGGACGAGCGAAUAAAGCAAAUUAAAUGGUUUCUACAAAACUUAAAUGUCUACAACUACGAAAUUCUCAAGCGAUUUAUGUGCGUCUUAUAUCACAUCGCCGAGAACUCGAAUAUCAACAGCAUGAAUGCGUACAAUUUGGCGGUUUGUGUUGCACCCAGCAUGCUUUGGCCGCCCAAGGGAUCAAAUAUUGCAGCUACAGAGCAAUCAAGUGACGUCCCGCCUUUCGUUCAAUUCUUGAUAGAGAAUUGUAUUGAAAUCUUUGGUGAGGAUGUUGUAACAAUCCUGGGCGAUCGUAGUGAAAUAGUUUUAAAUCAAGAACCACUUGAACCGGAAAACGGUAUCGAAAUACAAACUUUUAAUAGGCAGUCAUCUACGGACGAUGGCUUGGAAUCACCUGAGCCUCUCAGCCCGAGAAAUGAGCGCAGCUCGUUAAACCUUAGUGACUCGAACUUGUACAAUGCUGAUGCAAGAUCAAAAAAUCUCUUAUCAGCAGGUAUACCAGAACGAAAUAGUGUUAGUACGCCGAGUUCACCGUGUGUAUCGCCUAAUUCUUCGCCUAAACUUCGAAGACCAAAUAUUGAAAUGUCUAAUCAACUACGAGAUGCCUUUUUUGAACCCAAUUCACRCAACAGUGUUCUUGAUGGCCGACGAAGUUCAGAACCAUCAGAACUUAACUCCGAAUCUACGAAAAUGAAGAUAAAAGGCUAUAGGAAAAUGCCUCGGUCUCGUCGUCAACUAAGUAGUACGACUACUAGUGCGGAAUUAAUUGAACAUAAACAACCAAAAACUACGCCAAGUGGGAAAAAGCUAGAAACUGCGGUACUACGACGAGCUCAUUCUCCUUUGACUGUCCAGGCGCUGCCUGUUGAUGCAAAUAUUGCUAAACCAAUCCCAAAAUACUGUCCUUCAUCUUCUGUGAUAACAACUGCUAAUCGUAUUCCACCUGUUAAAUAUGCUGUAAGAACACAAGCAUUAGCAAGUAAUGGUAGUGAAGAUCGUGGAGCGUCGCCGGAUAUUUCUAGUAUGCGCUCUCCUUCGCCGACUUUAACGCCUGACCAAGUGUUUCAAGCUGUUGAUCGACGAAGACAGCCUGCUGCUCCUUCCUACCAUCAGCACAUGCUACGAAAAAUUGGAAGCAAACCAGCUUUCUUUCAAGGUAGAAGUGAAUCCUCUGAAACACUUGCUAAUGAAAAGAAUGCUGUGAAAAACAUAUCCACGGAAGGAAACGAUAGAUAUGAUGACGAAUGUAAGACAGACCGCUCUAAGUUUAAACACUUCACUCGCUCAUCUAGUAUCCCAAGCGAUAGAAAAUGUCGACCUGAACCUUUAGAUCUUUCUCGAAGCGAACCUUGUACGCCCAACUCUCCGUUAUCUCCAGUUAAGAAGGAGGAACAAACUUGGCCUGAUCACAGGGAUGAUACAAGCACAAGUUCUGGGGGUUCAAGCACACGUCGACUUGAACACUCGCCUUUUGGUCUCAAUUUACACCACAAGAGAUCAAGUAGCGACAAUAUCAAGAAAAUACCAAAAGUUCAAACUCAAAUCAAACCACAAAUUAAAACAGUCAACAGUAGGCAAUUGUUACUUAAUGGUGGAAACACGCACUUUCCACCGUCGGAGUUUUUUCCACAUGAAGCAACCCAAGCAAAGACUCAAUGGGGAUCUGAAAAUCCAUCUCAUGGUCAGGUAGGUCAAAUAUCCCCUGGAGCUACAGUCAGCGUACCUCUAUAUGUGUUUACCCCGUCUGAGAAGCUUCCAGUAGUCGCUCUCCAUACCCCAGAGCUAGAAGGAAAUCCUUCGGGAAUGGCAACUUUAUCUACCAGUGCGAGUAGUACAGGGACUUCACCUUCCUUGAGUGGCAGAAAAAGUAGUCAUACUUCUUCGUCAUCGUCCGUUUCAAGCUCGGAUGAUCGUUCUAGCGUCGGAGCCGACGUGGCCGUCUCAGAAACGAAGACUAAUAUCACUCAAAUUAGGGACUUGAAAGAGUUGCUUAGUGUUCAAGCGCAAACGAAUGGACUCAAAAUAAGCCAAGAAACUGCUGAAGAGAUAGCUAAAGUCAAGGAAAUUCGGGCGUCUUCAGAUUCACGUUUGCAUUCUGGGUACACUUCUCCUAGCCAUGAUGAUAUGGAAAAAAUGCUUUUCACCGAAGAAUCCUAUGUGUAAUAUGAAUACUUAUGUAAAAAAUAGAAAUAGUAAGAAAGUGGUGGUCAGGACGGGAAGACAGUGAGAUGUCCAUGCUUCUCGGUGUGGCUCCCUUGGGAUAUGAUGUGGCGUAGCAAAAAGGAUUUGUUAAAUACGCAGAUAAUGUCCCUUGAUUCAAAUGUGCCACUCUUGUUGUUGCACCCAAUUCAUGAUUACACGACCACAACAGCCAAAUAUAGGCUUUGCACUUCACGUGAUGGCAGUCAUGACAGGAGACAGGAACGAUGGGCUUUUCUCAAAAUUAUCGAGGCUUAUAUCGAGGCUUAUAUGAAAACCCCCCAACAAUCACACUUUUACUCGAUGGAGGUUGUGAUAUUUCCCUUGUAUUUCCACGUUACAUUUAAGAUAAUUUUAAGAAGAGUUCAUUGAAUCUGGUUUAAUAUGAUUUACAAUAGAAAGUAUUCAGUUUCCCAAGAUUCUGUUGUUGUGCUUCCUGUCAUGGUUGCCAUCACGUGACAGUUCUAAGUCUUUAUACAUAAAGGUCUUUGGCUUCCAAAAUGUGUUAACACAGAGUGCUUGAAUAUCUUAUUAACGGGAGCCCAAAGCGCUGAAGUUGUAUCCAAUUUUUUAGCCAAUGUCUGGGUCACGUGAGUAUGAAUAUGGGUAAGAUAACUGGAAUUGCAUAAUUGUGACUUUAAGUCAUAUUGACUUAUUUCACCCAGAUUGUAGACAAAAAACGUCAAAAGAUGUACAAAGGAAUACUUAUACGAAUAACAAAUGAUUAUAUAAAGAAUGCCAGUCAGAUUUUAGAAACCAAUCAGGUCUACGAGGGCGUGGUUUGGUUUCACCAAGUUCAGGGUCAUAUUUUUUAGAUGAUGGAAGUAGUAAUUGAAACUAAGAAGCAAACCUUAGAAUAGACACAUACCUGAUAUUUGUCGGUGACAUUGAAAUAUGCAAUUAGAAGUAUAAGGAUAAUAAAGGCUAUGUAUGUGUAAUAAUACGUAGUACAUUACAAACACUAAAAGUGUGCAACAUAAAUAAUGUCACUAAAUAGUGUUAUUUUUAGCUAAUUAUAUUAGUUUCUUUUGUUUAAUUAGUGCUAUUUACUGCUAAAUAGUGAUAACUAUUGCACACAUUUAGUGUUUGUACUCUACCUAAUAGCUACGGCUGAGUUGCAGCGCUACUCAAAUAUAGGCGUUAGCCCCCCUCCCCCCCUUUUCAUAAUCACGAUAUCAAAUCUGCCCAAGAUGUCUGGGUUUUUGGCUUCCGUCGAUCAAAACUAUUACUAGCUCAGGCCGUUGAAAAUUUUGAUUGAAGGAGGGCCAGUCCGACCAAAAACCCAGACGACUCGAAUGAUAGCAAGUUGUCUGCCAUGUAAUAUAGUCCUCUAGUUUGGGUGUAAUGUUUUCCCACUCGUGCCAUUCCCUAGAGUAUCAUUUCUUUAUUUAACGGCUGCACUUGAAUAUGGAUACAACUCAAAAAAAAGAAUCUUUUUCUCAAAAGAAUGACACGUGAAAUAGGAAAACAUUUUGCCUAAGCAAGAGGGUCUACUAUGAAGAUUAGUAUAAAAGGAAAACGGCUUGUAUGCGUCACCAAACAAAAAUCGAACCAAGAAAGACAACUUUUUUAGAAUAAAUAAAUAGACUUUACAAAUAGCGAUAAAACGUAUAUAUAAAAUAUAUUGAAUAUAGAAACUUAAUAAAGAAUUUUGAUAUUUUCUGUAUCAGUUCUAGGUUUUCUUCCAAUCAAAUCGAUUCACCCAACCAACCAUCAUUGACCCUCGCUCGGUCGCUUUAUAGGACUAUGACUUUAAAUCGAAAAUGCAUAAGGGUGAUCAAUAAACUUGAUUUGUUACAGAAA